AUGCAAAGCCCUGGUACAAGCCCCACGGAUCACCACAACCCUGGUAAAACCCCCACGGAUCACCACAGCCCUGGUACAGCCCGCUUAACCCCCACGGAUCACCCCCUGGUAAACCCCACGUACAAACCCUGGGUACCCACGGGUCCAACCCCCCUGGUACGGAUCCACAGCCCUGGUACAACCCCUACGGAUCACCACAGCCCUGGUAACAACCCCACGGAUCACCACAGCCCUGGUAGACCCAACGGAUCACCACGGACAGCCCUGGUACAAGCCCCCCCCAUGGACGGAUCACCACAGCCCUGCCCUGGUACAACCCCCACGGAUCACCACAGCCCUGGUACACACGGAUCACUCAGCCCUGGUACACCCCACGGAUCACUACAGCCCUGGUACAACCCCACGGAUCACCACAGCCCUGGUACAACCUCCACGGAUCACUACAGCCCUGGUACAACCCCACGGAUCACUACAGCCCUGGUACAACCCCACGGAUCACCACAGCUCUGGUACAACCCCACUGAUCACUACAGCCCUGGUACAACCCCCACGGAUCACCACAGCCCUGGUACAACCCCCACGGAUCACCACAGCCCUGGUACAACCCCCCACGGGUCCCACAGCCCACCACAGCCCCCACGGAUCUGCCCUGGUACAACCCCCACAGCCCUACAGCCCUGGUACAACCCCACGGAUCACCACAGCCCUGGUACAACCCCCACCCCCACAGCCCUGGUAAACCCCCACGGGUCACUACAGCCCUGGUACAACCCCACGGAUCACCACAGCCAUGGUACAACCCCACGGAUCACCACAGCUCUGGUACAACCCCCACGGAUCACCACAGCCCUGGUACAACCCCACGGAUCACCACAGCCCUGGUACAACCCCACGGAUCACCACAGCCCUGGUACAACCCCCACGGAUCACCACAGCCCUGGUACAACCCCCACAGCCCUGGUACAAAAACCCAACGGAUCCCCACACAGCCCUGGUACAACCCCACGGAUCACCACAGCCCUGGUACAACCCACGGAUCACCAGCCCUGGUACAACCCCAGGGAUCACCACAGCCCUACGGAAACCCCACGGAUCACCACAGCCCUGGUACAAUCCCCCACGGACCACCAAGCCCUGGUACAGCCCCCACGGAUCACCACAGCCCUGGUACAACCCCAUAGCCCUGGAUCAGAUCACCUGGUACAACCCUCUACAGCUCAGCCCUGGGUACAGCCUACAGGAUCACAACAAGCCCACGGAUCACCACAGCCCUGGUACAACCCUACCCCACAGCCCUGGUACACAGCCCUGGUGGUUAAACCCACGGGCCCCCCACAGCCCUGGUACAACCCCACGGGUCAUCACAGCCCUGGUACAACCCCUACGGAUCAAGGCAUAAUGGACAGUAUCCAGUGGUGA